AGACUACGAACCAUGGCGAUGGCUUUCAAGAUGGCGAUUACGGGGAUGUGGGUAACGGAGGAGUGCAGGAACUCGUUCAUGGAGAUGAAAAAGAAGAAGGUGCACCGCUACAUAGUGUUCAAGAUCGACGAGGGGUCCAAGCUCGUCACCGUCGACAAGGUCGGUGGCCCCGCCGAGAGCUACGAUGACCUCGCCGCUUCCCUCCCCGACGACGACUGCCGCUAUGCCGUAUUUGACUUCGACUUCGUCACCGUCGAUAACUGCCGGAAGAGCAAGAUCUUCUUCAUUGCAUGGGCUCCACCAGCGUCGAGGAUUAGGGCGAAGAUGCUAUACGCAACAUCCAAAGAUGGGCUGAGGAGAGUGCUUGAGGGUGUUCACUAUGAAGUGCAGGCCACCGACCCGACCGAGAUGGGUAUCGAAGUCAUCAGAGACCGUGCCAAAUAGAGACAAUUAUGAAUUCUCUCUCC